GCGUAGUGUAGAUAGGGCCCUAAUAAAGCCUUCUAAUACUCUGUAGCGAUCAAACUUCAUUGCAAAAUUAAUAGUUGUUAUUGUUUUCAAGAUAUUUAAUGUCUUUAGAUGCGUUCAUCGAUGAACUGCUAACGCGGCGUUGAGUUAUAUCCGCAGUUCGCAAUAAAUUCGCGCUUACUUUCACCACAAUCGGAAUAAUAAACUAAGCCAUGAUGAGGGAAUCGGCCCACGACAUCAACAUGGACACCUGGAAGCAGUGGAUCCUCGAGGCCAUAUCAAAGAUCAGGUCCCAGAAGCAGAGGCCCUCCGUGCAGAGGAUUUGCCAGGCAAUCGGCACGCAUCACAAGUUUCACGAGGACAUUGUGGCCGAGAAACUAGAGAAGGCUGUCGAAUCGGGAGCUGUGAUCAAGGUCUACAACAAGGGACUGCACUCCUACAAGGCCCCGAUGGCCAAGCGCCGCAUUAAGGUGGACAAGAACACCAAUCUGUACAAACUGGUGGCCAAGGCGGUGCACGAUCUGGGCGAAUGCGAGGGAUCUACCAUAAAGAGCAUAGAGAACUACAUUCAAAAGUUCAACUGCAUCGAUCUGUCGCCCAAUGUGGACUUCAAGUCCGUGAUUAAGGCGUCCAUCAAGAAGGCAGUGGAUGCCGGCUUUCUAAUCCAGGAGGGAAAGCUGUACAAAAAGGGCAAGUCCCUGACGACACCGCGCAAAUGUGCCCCCACCUCGGAUGUGGUAAUCAAAGGCGAGGAGAGCUGCACCCACUGCUCGGGGAACUCGCAGAAGAACCUCAACGGCAUCCCAGAGCCACUGAGCUCCUGCAAACAGUGCGGCAUCUCUUUGCACACCACCUGCGCCAAUAUCGCGGGCAGGUGCAAGUCCCAAUCAUACGUGCUGCUCUACAUGCUCGUCACCAAGGGCACAAUCUGGGAUUGCCAGAACUGCGCCGACUGCGCUGUCUGCAAAAUGCGUAACCGGGGACCUUGUCUGCUGCAGUGCUUUGUUUGCAAGGAUCACUUUCACCUAACAUGUCUCGAUACGAUUCCGGACAAGAAGCCCAAGCAUCCAUAUAGGUGCAAAACAUGCUGCAAACAAAGUAUAGAUAACCCAAAACUGGUUAAAAAAGACAAUACAAGAAUAAAAAUGGAGAUUGACAGAAUGGCGAGCUCCAAUAAGCGGCAAUCCAUCAAAAAAGAGGGCAACAUCGAGAGUCCUUCGACCUCGAAACUUUGCGUUUACAAUGACGGCAAUGGCCAGCGGAAAAAGAUGCCGGCCAGCUUAAGCUCGAGAAAAUUGAACCACAGCGAGGAUCAGUUCGAGUUCCCCAGCAAGCAGAAGAGGUCGCAAAUAUUACAGGGAGGCUACUUGGCUAGCCAGGAAACGCGCAAGCGAACCUUCUCGAAUCUGUCAUCCACGAGCUCGUCCAGCGAAAGUGAUGAUGACGACGACGAGGACGACGACAGGAACAGGAAUGGCGAUGACAACGAUCAGGAUGAGAGCACAUCCUCGGAUUCGUGCACUUCAUCGAGCUCAGACUCGGACUCCAGCGAGAGUUCCAGCGACAGCUCCGAAUGCGAUGACGAGAACGACGAAGAGGACUAUGACACCGAUCGCAGCACGCUGAAGGGAAAGAUCUUCGAGAACGAGAAGCAGAGUUGCACUAAACUGAAUACCAACGAUGGUCUGGGCUCGCCGCAUAACAAUGAAGUGGCCAGUGAGAACUGGGGCUUUGCUGCGGUGGCAAAAAACCCAAUUGACAUAUUUGUAAAAUCGAAAAAUAACACCAAAAGCAUUGGUUACACCAAGCCAGCAACGGCAAGCACGUUUCCCACGUCCCCCGCCGCAAAUCGAGCGCAAAAGAGCGCUCCAGUAGCUUCCUCUACUCCAGAUAAAAACUCCACAUCCAUCGGCGGCAUGACCAUAAAGCGAAAGACCGAAAAUGGGCAGAAGAAGAAGAUCGUUCCCUUGAAGAGCAUGCCCCUCGAAGCGGGAAAAUCGUACGAAAAGUGCGAGGAUGACAUUCCGUAUCUAACAGAGGAGACUGUUAUGAAAGUUCAGUUGCUGGAGGAGAUCGAACGAUGCAGGGAAACGCACAGCGAGGCUGAUGGAAAAGCGGAAAUUAACAACGAUGAGGAAGUGCCCGGCGAGAGCACGAAGCGUGCCAAUCCCUUCGAAAACCAGCCUCUACCGCCUGGAGUGACCGCAACGGACGUGGAAUUAUAUCAAGAUGUUCUGCACAAGGCAGUCGUUCAAAUGUCCAAUAACCACAUCGAGAAAGCGAAUGAUGUGAGCCUGAAGCCGGGGCAGAACACCCAGAGUCCCAAGUCGAUCCAAAUCGGAAAGUGGGACAUCGAAACCUGGUACUCCAGUCCGUUUCCGCAGGAGUACGCCAGGCUGCUGAAGCUGUUUUUGUGCGAGUUCUGCCUGAAGUACACAAAGAGUCGUUCUGUGCUGGACAGACAUCAGAACAAGUGCAUUUGGAAGCAGCCGCCGGGCACGGAAAUCUUUAGGCAGGGCAACAUUUCGGUGUUCGAGGUGGAUGGCAACGUUAACAAGAUUUACUGUCAGAACUUGUGCCUGCUGGCCAAGUUCUUUCUCGACCACAAAACCCUUUACUACGACGUGGAACCUUUUCUGUUCUAUAUCUUGACUAAAAACGAUCAAAGCGGAUGCCAUCUGGUUGGCUACUUCUCGAAGGAAAAGCACUGUACCCAAAAGUACAAUGUGUCCUGCAUCCUGACGAUGCCGCAGUAUCAGAGGCAGGGAUACGGAAGGUUUCUGAUCGACUUCAGUUACCUGUUGAGCCGCGAGGAGGGACAGCUGGGUACGCCGGAGAAACCGCUCUCGGAUUUGGGACGACUUUCGUACUUUUCCUACUGGAAGUCCGUCGUCUUGGAGUACUUGUACAAGUAUCGCAACCACACGAAGAUCACCUUCAAGGAUAUAGCCAUUAAAACGGGUCUGGCUAUAUCCGACAUUGCGUUGGCCUUUGAAUUAUUGAACUUUAUCAAGUUAAGGAAGAACGAUGGCGACAUAAGAUAUCAGAUUAAUGUAAAAAUCGAUUGGAAGAAAGUGGUGGCUCACCAUAACAAAAUGGCGAACAGUAAAACUCGAAUAAUCAUAGAAGCCGACUGCUUGAGAUGGAGUCCACUGCUGUCGGUGUCAAAGUUACCCAACAUAAUCAAGCCAAUUUCCAAUCGUGAAUACUUGAACAACCAAAUUGAAAAGAAAUCCGAUUUGAAGGAUGUUAACGAAGAGAACAAGAUCAGCGUAAAGCCAAGUGUGCCCACCACACCGAAAGUAAAUCAGGAAUGUCCCGACUUGCCUGUUAAGAAUCGGGGUUCCAGCUGCGAGAAAUUGGUUGAUGAUAGGGAAAACCAGCGGAAACGUGCCUGCCCGGAAGAGUUCUUAAAAUCGGCUCCAAAUGAGGCAAAAAAAUGCAAGGUAUCUGCUGCACCACAGCCGCCCCUUGAAGAUCAGUCCUUUGGCGAGCUCUCCGACUCAUCGGAUUGUAAAUCUUCUAAGGAACUCUCGGAGCACUUGACCAAAAGGGCCCAACGAUUGGCCAAACGCAACGAUCUGAUUCCCCACACCAACAAAAGGAAGCAUUUCGACCGGCCGCUUGAGAGCAAUGCGAUUUUAGCCGAUCAGAAUCCGACUGUUCAAGGUCAAACGGAGAUUUCUGGAACCGAAAGUGGCUCUAAAAUGGAGGAAGCAUCUGCCAAGGAGGUUUGCAAGAGUGUUGUGGAAAAGGAGCAUGUCGACAAACCGGUCAACAUUGUACCCAAGCUGCGGGGUAAACAGUCCAAUGGAAAACGCUCCGAGGAGUCGCAGUUCAAUGGAAAUACUCCAUCCGAGCCCGCCGAAGUUGCGUCAAUUAGUCCAGCCAAGGAACCCGCUAAGGAGUUGGUUAAGGUGGCCAAAGCUGAGAGCCCGGAGAAAAGCCAAGAGUCGUCGAAAAACGAGGGCGAAGCCAACAGCGUAAGCGAUCAAGUGCUCGAUGCAGUGGCCAAGAAAACCAAGAAGACGCUGUUCUCUGACGUAACGUCCUACAAAACUGAAGAUGUCAAAUAUAAUGGGCAGGAUAAGCCAGUGGUAAGCACACCCGAGACGAAAGAAAGUCCCAAGGAGGCUAGCAUUAAGGAGAUAAAACCUCCUGAAGUUCCUGAACAGAAGCCCAAGCCGAAGAGUCCCGAAAAAUCGGAACCAGUGGCUGCCGAACCCGUUUUGCAGCAGGUAAAUGUUCCUGCCAAUACGGAAAAGUUAACAAAACCGGCGGAAGAAAGUAAACUAGAGUUGGAUGUAAACUACUUGAAGUUUUCCCCGGACUCAGCGGCGACUCCGCCAGAGUUACCUGUGCAAAAACCUGUGCAAAAACCUGUGCCAGAGGCUCCAACUUCCGCUCCAAGUGAUCAGCAGGAAAAAGCUAAGGAAACCGCUCAACCUAGUACAGUUUCACAGAAGCCACCAGAAAUGGAAAGGGUGAAAAAAGUGGAAAACCCGGUAUUAAAUCCCACACCAAACCGUACGGAAAUUCCUUCCCUGGUGGAGCAACCAGCACCACAGCCGGUAAAGCCUGUACAGGAAAAAGUAGGGCAGCCAAUUGCCAAGGAGAACGCUGAGAUUAAAGAGAAGGCAAUCAAGAAACCCGUGCCUGAAGCUCCAGUUGUAAAACCUGAGGUCAACAACAUGGAAAAGAAGUACGAUCCCAGCAAGGUGAAGGUGCUGCCCGAAAAGGAAGUCAUCAAAACGGACCAGCAACUGGUGCAGGUCAAGGAGGAGGAAAAGACGCAGGCAAGGGCGCCCUCGGCACCUAUUCCCAUUCGGGACAAGAUCCAAUUGAAGGGCAACGAGCAUGCCCAGCUGCAGAACUCAAUUCCCUCCCAGUUUCCGCUCAAUCAGAUGCCCAACUAUCACACCUCGCAGUACUGGCAGUGGGAAUACUACGGCUACAACCUCUCACACUUGGACCCCGCCGCGCAAAAGGGACAGAAGCAGUUCCACAAGGAUCUGGCCACGACCAUGGCCUACACGCACAACUUCACCCAGAACCUCUAUCAGUCCGCCAAUUUGGCCAUGCAGCACGCCCAUCACCAGAUGCACCAGACCAAGGAGAAGCACAAGGUGGAGCGCAAGAACAGUGGCAAGAAGGAGGAGCAGCAGCAGCCCAAGGUGGUGUCCAGUGUCAAUGUGGUGAGCACUGCUCGCGAGGAUGCGCACGUGCAGCACUGCAACGAAUAUGCGGCCAACAACCAGGCGGCCAUUUACAAUCAGAAAUGCGCCACUCAACAGAAGCAGGCGCAGCAAAUGAAGUCUCUGGCCAAUGGCCAGAAUCCUGUGCCACGACAGAGCAAUCCCAAUCCCUCGGAAUCAACUGUUCUGAUGCCCAAUUCGCAGCCGGGAGGAGCUGUGCCGGCCAAGCAAAAGGUCGAGCACGGCGUCAACUCGACCUCAGUCAUUUCGCGCGAGGGAAAGCUCAAUAAGAUUGGCCAUCCCAACAUUCACGCCUCCGUCCAGCAUGCUAACCUGCAAGUGAGCGGCGGCGGUGGAGGUGGCCAAUCCGACGUCAAUCCGAAUAUGGUCUACAACACCGAGUCCGCGGGCAACUCGGCCAUGCAGCACUACGAUUGCGGCAUCAAUGCGCAAAUAAACAUGGACUCGCCGGCCAAUAUUGGCACCGCCAUCGCCCACGGCUCACAGGAAAUCGCAGCCACGUCCAAUGUGCACAUGCAUCAGCCGCACAGACAGUUCUCGGACUGCUCCAUGCAGAACCAACCGGUGACCACGCCCAUGCACAUGUCCAUCCAGAAUUCGCACAUGCAGCAGCAGAACAAUCUUAAUAUGAAUCUGGCGCCAGAGGGUUCGCCGAACAUUAAUCUCCUGAGCAAUCCACAGCACCAGCACCAGAGCAGGAAAUUGAAUGCCCAGGCGGACAUCGCUGUAAGUUCACCGACACCUUCUCACAGAGCCACCACGCCCAAACAAAUUCGCAGCGGAAAUGCCCAGCAACGUGACACUAAAAACGCAGCGCCAGCCACAACCACAACCAAUACUCAUCAUCAGAUUCCCCAGGGCGGCGGAGCUACGGCGAAUAUCUCCAAGUCGCACCACGACUCCCUGCACAACCUGCAGUUCUCGCAGCAUGGUGGCCACCAGCAGAACAUGCAGCCCAUCGACUACGUGCCCAUUCCGCAAAUCAGCCAGAACUUCUCGGCCAAUCCCUCGAACUACGACAUUGCCGGGAUGCCGGCGGUGAUUCAGCAGCGGAUGUCGCUCAACAGUUCCGUGCACUCGCUGGCCAACAGCCAUCAGCGCAUCGAGCAGCCGUCGUCGGCGUGUGCCGUCAACAAUUUCUAUUUGCAUAACAAUAUGCCGGCUGCCGAGAAUGCGCCGCGAGUGCCCGUUUCCAGUUCUCUGGGCGGUCCGUCAGCGGCGGGCAACAAUGAUCAGCGUCAGGCGGGUCAGGCGGAUGCGAUAGCUGCGGCCAAUAGCAGCGGUGCAACCGCUUCGCUGGCUGGCAAUCUCUGCAGUCUGUCUAAGCUACAGCAGCUUACCAACUGCCUGGAGAGCCAGCCGUGCAACACGUCGCCGGGAGCCCAGGUGAAUCUGGCCCCCUCGCCGCACCAUCCCAUUCCGCCCAACUCGAUGACCCCGCCGCCGCACCUGCUGAUGCAGAACAGGAACAUCUCCACGCCGCCCAACAUGCUGCAGACGCAGGUGACGCCGCUGCAGUACAAGUACUAUCCGGGCAACAUGAACAUUGCGCCCAUUACGUCGGCGCAGAACACGAGCCGGAACACCCGCAACACUCCAUCGGCCCCGGUGCAGCACACCUCGACGCCCAUGGGCAGUGGGAACAACCGGACCGCCAAUGUCCACAUCAGUCCGAACCUGAUGGCUCCCUAUGGGGCCAUCAACAGCUACCGGAUGUCGCCGCAGCAGUCCCCGCCCACUGGAAGCUACAGCUCGGGGAGCGAAUACCCCAACUCGCAGAUUCCGAUGCAGAUGAUGAAUAUGCAAUCUCAGUACCAGGAUGCCUGCGUGCUGCAGCGAGGCACUCCAUCCAAUCCGAUGUAUCCCACGUAUUCCCCCUACUUACCUCUCAACGGUUCUAUUCGCAGAUAAUAGAUGCGCACAUUUUAUAUGUUAUUGUAUUGAGUAUGAUUGUAUAUAAAUGUGUGCUGUAAAUAAAUAUAUAUUACGUCAAUUUAACAAUUCAA